GUCGACUGUCCCGACAGACAUGGCGACCACUUCAACGGCAGGAGCGAUAGUGAGUGUUUUCUUGGCGAUUGUAUAACUUUUUAUGGUCCAAUUCAAUAUUCCUGCGAAACUAGUAGUGAAAUUAAUUAUGUACUGGAGGAUUAUGAGCGCAAAUGUGAGCGAAGACGAAAGUCGAAGCACGUACAUGCAACGGAAGUCUGUGUCGUGUUUGAAAGCAAACAUCCGGUUCAGAGUGCGUGAGGCUUGUUAAUUAGCUCCGAGUUUCAACCUCCUGACGGGAAAAAUGGCCAAAAUAAAAGAUGUAUCUUCCAUUUGAAAGGAGAACACGAGGAAACGAGUCGACGCUGGUGUGAAGGAAUGUAACCGAGCAUGGACUUUGCCGCGAGGACACCUUGAGUGCACUUUGCCAUGGGGUUGUUAAGUGCUCUUAUUUCCACUGUAGGAACAUGCUUGGAGGCUGCCUGCUUAAUGCUGGACGUCAAUUUCCUCCUCGUCCACACUGUAGUCCGGACAUUUCUGACUGUGUUCAAAUUUAUAACCCACCUGCCUUCACUUUUUGUCCAUUCGCUGCUGGACCUGGGAAACAUGGUUCUCUUCGGCUUCCUGUCCGCAGCGGAGGCGACGUCCCACCUAGCCCACAGCACAGUGACCCUGCUGGCCAGCUUGAUGCUCUCCCUGGAGGGGCUUCUGGAGAGCCUGAAGAUGGUGGGCUACCUCCUCAUGCACGUGCUGCUCCGCGGCAAGGCGCACCUGUGUCGGGGGCUUUUGUCGCUGCAGGAGGCGUGUGGCAUCGCGCUCAGCCUCCUGGUCUACCUGAUCAACACCGCAGUCAACUAUGCUUUCAUUGCCACCCUCAACCUCUACUCGGUUGUGAUCUGCGUGUUGCAGACGGUGUCCAGCCCACUGCACAUGGCACUGGAGCUCGCGCCCACCACCAUUACUUUCCUACACAGCAGCUUGGUGGGCACGUUGGCGUUCCUGUGGUCGCCAUGCAAGCUAGUGUUGGACUUCCUGGCGUCGCUGGUGCACAUUUUCAUCAGCAUCUUCAUACUGAACAUCUACGGCCUUUUGCUUGCAAUCAGCAUUGCUCUGACAACCACCGCCUACCUUAACCCAGAACUCACCAGGCAGGCCUUAAGGCGACUUGUGGCUUACGUCAAUGCUUUCCCGGCUAUUCACAGACUCCACGCAGUGCUUGUUUUAACGUGGCAGAAGGCAUCUCGUUCGUUAUGUGCCGCCUGGCGACACCUGCACACGAUGUUGUGUUGCCUCCACAUGCUGGAGAGAAGAAUCUGGCAGCGGCUGUCUCGUCACAGCAGCCAGCUGGGCACAGCGCUGAGGAUGCAGCUGCACAGGGACAACAACAACACGGGUAGAGCGCGAGGCGACGGCGAUCCCGGCGAGGGGAUCAGGCGGGAUCCACCUGACGGAAGAGCGGAGGACCAUCCCCACCGGGAACAGCUCGCCCCAACGACCUCCAGCACGGAAAGACCUUUAAAAGCCAACAAACAUUUCAGUCACUCUUCGUCGGAGAAUCUGCUGACGCUUCUGAACGAGCAGGAAGACCAAAAGAAAUGCGUCAUCUGUCAAGAUCGCACCAAGACGGUGGUGCUGCUGCCGUGCAGACACCUGUGCUUGUGUCGUCGCUGCGCCGACAUCAUGCUGCUGCAGCAGGCCAUCUACCAACAUUGCCCGUUGUGUCGUCACAUGAUCCUCGACAUCCUUGAGGUGUACCUCUGAGAGACAUUUUACAACCACUCAAAAUGUGUUUUGCCGCAUUUCUCACUUCAGUCCACUUGUACCGUACUGGACUUGGGUUGACGAGCGCUCACAAUGAGCAUUAAUGUUUUUGUCCUAUCACUUCUACUUCUGUGUAUUACAGCAAAUUCCCUAAUUUGGGGCGGUAUAGCUCGGUUGGUAGAGUGGCCGUGCCAGCAACUUGAGGGUUGCAGGUUCGAUUCCCGCUUCUACCAUCCUAGUCACUGCCGUUGUGUCCUUGGGCAAGACACUUUACCCACGUGCUCCCAGUGCCACCCACACUGGUUUAAAUGUAACUUAGAUAUUGGGUUUCACUAUGUAAAGCGCUUUGAGUCACUGGAGAAAAGCGCUAUAUAAAUAUAAUUCACACAAUUCAGAAUUGUGUGGACCAUUUUCAGUCUUAUCUCAAGUUGUUUUGAUUAUAUUUUCUGUGAACGGGUCCACCGGUCAAUAAUUACUUGUGAGAGGUGUGAUUAUGUUAAUUAAAUUAGCUCCAGUCAUUCUAGAACUCGGCUACACUGCGCGUGUGCUUGUGAGAAACGGUGCAACUGGCCUUGUUCGAGUAUGUAUUUUUUCAUCAUUCACAUCAUUAGCAAAUCCAAUGACCUGGCUGGUCCACCUUUUGCAGAGUAAUCUGAAUGUCAGACGUUGCCAAAUUGGUUCCGACAGAAUUAACGCAUAGGGCUAAUGGUUUAAACAGAUUACUCACUUAUUGCCUGAGUAAAGUUUCUCAGGAGACAAAAAUCUGCACAGGAAAGUGAAAAUGUUGGAGAUUUAUCUUGCAUAAAUGGAUUUGUGAAAAGAAUACAUGUAUGCUCUGAUAGAAGGGGCCGUUUUGGGUGGACUAAAGAAAAUGUGCAUUUGUUGUUAAGAAUGAGCUGAUGGAACAAAGCUGAGGGUCAUUUUGCCCCGUUUCUUCAUACAUUGGAAGAUCUUAUAACCUUUUGUAACUAUAUGCCUUAUUUGCUCACUUCUUAUUAUUUGUUUUCCUUGUUUAGGAUCCAUUACAGUAUUCCAUGUUAAAUAUUAGAAAGGACCAUGAUACACUAUUCCAUUAUUUUUUCUGGUGUGUUUAUUCAGAUUACAAUUCUCAGAGCGUCAUUCUGUUUGACAUUCUGGAAAGUGCCAUCUACUUUUUGACUGUUUUUUUUUUCUAUUGUUAGAUGACUGCAUUUUUUUUAUAUAUAUCUUGCUUAUUUUUUAAGUGAAGCUUAAAAAUAUUACAAUGUGUACAAACUCCCUCUCCUCCUCCUCCUCAGGUAUUUCAUUCCUAAGAUUCCAGAAGUGAAAUAAUUGAAUGUGAAAGAAUUGAGACCAUGUGACUUGAAUGUAGACCCAAUGAGAUGGUGGUAGACACACUAAUGGGGACUUUUUGUAAUAAAGUGCAGCAAAUCA